GUAAAGUCAAAGCGGGCGAAUGCAAUAUCAUGGCUUACCCAAGACCUGCAGAAGUUGAGGCGGCCAAGAAGGAUGCAAAAGUAAAUGUAAUGCAGCAACCUGGGUUUAAUGUGGGCUAUGUAGGUUACAACACCAAAAAGAUACCUAAACUAGAAGUGCGCCAAGCUUUGGAUAUGGCUAUCAAUAAAGAUGCCAUUAUUAACGCCGUAUACCAAGGGGCAGGAACCAAAGCAACCAACCCCAUGCCGCCUACCCAGUGGUCGUAUAACAAAAACAUCAAAGAUGCACCCUAUAACCCUGAAAAAGCCAAAGAGUUGCUUAAAAAAGCAGGCGCGGAGAAUUUGGAGCUGACUUUGUGGCAAUUGCCUGUGCAGCGUCCCUACAAUCCUAAUGGAAAACUGAUGACAGAAAUGAUUCAGUCAGACUGGGCAAAAAUUGGUGUGAAGGCCAAGAUCCAAACCUAUGAAUGGGCAGAAUACUUGAAGCGCGCAAAAACUGGCGAACACGAUGUGAUUACCGUUGGUUGGACGGGUGACAACGGUGAUCCUGACAACUGGUUGGGCGCGUUAUUGUCGUGUGAAGCUAUCGGAGGAAACAACUAUGCGCAGUGGUGCAACAAAGAGUUUAAUGACUUGGUGACCCAAGGCAAGCAAACUACAGAUACCAAAAAACGCACGGCACUCUAUGAAAAAGCGCAA